UUGAGGGGAAAAGCGAGCCAAAUAUUUUUUCAUUUUCAUUCCUUUUUUUCAAAUUUCAACUCCUGAUAUCAUAUAGUAUAAAUAUAUAUUGAAAAACAAACAUAAUUUUCAUUUUCAUUCCUUUUUUUCCUUCCCUGUCUAAAAGACUGAAUUCACAAAAUGACAAUAUUUAGAGUUUUCUUCUUGUCAAAGUCUUAACCAAUCACUUGUUUACAUCGUGCUACUCACGGGAUCUUUUUUCCUCCCUCAUAAAAUUUUGACUUUAAAACACAUUUCUAUGUUCUUGGAUUUUCUUAAUUACCCAGAUUAAAAUUUGGUUAAUUUCCUUCAAGUUUUCCUUUCUUCUUGUUUUCCCGGCAACCAAACAGGGCAUUGGCGGACCUCCCAAAGAUGGAAUCAAAAUCUGAUAUUUUUGGAAAGAAUUUCGGAUUACAAGAAAUGGGUAAUAAAAAAAUGGCGGUUUCUGAUCAUCAAAUGAAUGGUUUUAAGUAUGAAAGUGGUGCUGAUAAAUCUGAUUGUUACAUAGUUGACUUGGAGAAUUUCUCAAAUGGUGUUGACAAUGAGCACUCAAUUCAUUCUACAACUACUCCAAAUUCAAGAAUUACUUUGCAAAGAAGCCUUUCUAGAAAAGUUCCACAGCGUGGCGCAGAGAGGAAGCUUAAUGAUAGAGACACAUUUGCUCCUUCCUCUUCACCUAGAGCUGCUCAAGUUGUAAGCACGCCAGAAAAGUGUCUUUCCCCUACUACACUACCAUUGGCGUCCCAAGAUCACACCAUGAACAACCACCAACAACUUCCGCAGCAUCAAAUCACCAUCAAAACAGGUGGCAUCAAUACUAUAGCAGAUGGUAAAUGGGGAAGGAGGUCUAGUUUCAAGCGCCCUGCACACUCUUGGUUUUCUGACCCGAAAAGAAUCCUCCUGUUCUUCGCCACCCUGUCAAGUAUCGGAACAAUGUUUCUCAUUUACUUCACACUGUCGAUUAGUAAGGCUGAUGAUAAGGAGGGUGUUAUAGACUGGCAGUAACCACCCAACCCAACACAAUAUGAUCACAGAAUCAAUUUAGUCAAGUAUUUUCAGAGGAAUAUAUCUUUUUAGACACCCCAGAAAAGGAGGUUGUAAGAAGCAAAGAGAUUGUACAGGGAAUCGUCAUAGCGGCGAAACAUGGGAGAAGUUUCGCCGCCUUUUUAGUUAAGCGUGGUGUAGGUUCCAGUUAAACAGAUGGGCUGCUGGGAGCUGCAGAGAGUUAUACAGCAAAGAAUAGCACUAUUAAAGUUGAUAUGUUAGUGAAGAAAACAAAAACAAAAGAAAAAGGAAAGAAAUUUGAGGUCUUUUUUUUUUUUUUUUUAUUGUAUAGGUUUGGUUUAUGCUUCUUCCUACAUACAAAAAGAUGAGAUAGAGUCAUAGAGAAUAUUCAGAAAGCUUUUGUAACUUUUGCUUUUUCUGAUUUUAUCAGUUCCAUUAAUCUCCCUUGAGCUUUAA